UUUUAGACGUUUAAAGUGUUUUUAAAACCGCCACCCGAGUUUGUAGUUUUUAACAAGUGAUGUAAAAUAAAUUAUUGAUCAAUACUGCAGUGAUCUAACGUUUACGAGCGCUGGGUUGUGUGAUUAAAACGCAUCCACACAUCUGUGAGAGAAGAGUGCGACACAUCAUGUGUCGUGAAUCAGCUGACUGUAAACACUAAGAGAUGAGCACGAUCCACCCGAAAUGAUGUGUGAUAGGAGUCUUUUUGGGCAGAUAGGGCGGUAUGCACACAGGGGCUGGGGAUGGAGAAACGGAGCUUUCAUUUGAGUCAAUUGAUUCAGUUGAUUCAGUGAUUCGAAGCUUGAACACACACGAUGUAAACACAACGGAAAUAUAAACGUGUUACUCUCAUAAACCUGUCUCAAACCAGCAGUGCCCUGCACUCCUAAUACAUGUUAUUUUGUAAUAGUUUAUUAGCUUGUCUGUGCUAGGUUAUGAACUAGCACUUAUCAGUUCGCUGACUACUGAACUAGGGAGCUGAUUGGGGCUUGAAUGUUUCUCUCUUAUCUUGAAUGACUGCUGGAGAUCCUCCUGACACACACAGGUAUAAAGAUGGCGUUCAUCAAGGAGGAGAGUGAAGACGUGGAGAUUGGAGACGUCAAGAUCGAAGAAGUGUUCAGUCUGAAACAAGAAGACGGCGAGGAACAAACAGACCUGGUGCCGCUGAAAGAGGAGAGUCAGGAUCUCGGUCAUGUGGAUGAAGAACACGAAUAUUAUAAACCAAGGUUCGCGACUGGAGGAAAGGAUCUCAGCAUCUCCAAGACUGAACAUACGGCGAACAUCGAAGACCACGUGAAAGUGGAGACCGGAGCGAGACCUUUCGCCUGCCAGCAGUGCGGAAGAAGCUUCGGUCACAAAAAGACCCUCAACAGACACCUGAAAGUCCACUCCAGAGCCAAGUCACUGGCCUGCCAGCAGUGCGGGAAGAGCUUCUCCGAUAAGACCAAACUGGACAACCACACGAGGGUCCACACCGGAGAGAGACCCUUCACCUGCUCUGAGUGCGGCAAGAGCUUCACGCAGAAGAAGCACCUCACGACCCACAUGACGGUGCACACUAGACAGUGCCCUCACUCCUGCAAGCAGUGCGGCAAGAGCUUCUCCCAGAAAGGGAACCUCAAGACGCACAUGAGGACCCACACCGGAGAAAAGCCCUUCGCGUGCGCUCAGUGCGGAAAGAGAUUCACGCACAAGAAAAACCUCAACGUCCACGUGCAGGAUCACACGGUCAGGCUGAAGGAGAACCUCGAGCGCGGGCGAGACAGGGGCUUCGUGUGUCACCGGUGCAGGAGAAGCUUCCAGGACAGCCGAAGCCUCAAGAGUCACGUGACGACUCACGCCAGGGACAGCCCCUUCAUGUGCGAGCUCUGCGGGAGGAGCUGCGCCAGCCGGGCGAGCCUUGAGCGCCACGUGGGGAUCCACUCCGGAGAGAAGCCCUUCGUCUGCCCUCAGUGCGGAAAGAGCUUCCCCUACAAAGGGAACCUGAAGAUUCACGUCCGAGCUCACAGCGGAGAGAGGCCUUACGCCUGCGUGCGCUGCCACAAGAGCUUCAUGUAUCACUCGGGCUUGAGACAUCACUUACAGACGGACACGCACCGCCAGAGCGAGCUGCACGCCGAGAGCGGCCCGCACUCCUGAGUCUCCUCUGAGAGACACGGCUCCAUCACGAAACCAGGCCACGCGCCUGCCUUCAGGUUCUGUCGUUAAAGUGUGACUGCUGUAUCGACUUUUAUACACUUUACUGACGACUGCUGUACGUGGGAGACCGACAUCUGACCAGUCAGAGCAGAGGACGGGGCAGAACUGCUUUGAACCAGUAGUCUGAGCAUCGAUGGAAAACGGGGGGACGUUGAACAUGUAUUUUGAGGAAGCAAAAGCGUUUUUUCACCUUGAAUGCAAGUAAUCCUGCUGUAGGAGACACUCCCAAAACAGUACGAGGAGCCUUAAAGAUGCACAGUAGGGGUAUUCUCUCUAUUCAGAGACAAAGUAACGACUUUACGAAACACGACAGAGAACUGUAGACGAGUAGAAACGUAUCUGAAUGUGUUUUUCUGAAAUAGUCUCUUACAGGUCGUCCUACAGACCUACGUCCUACAAGACGUUUCUGUGAGACCAAUGUUUUUGGGGUUUUUUGUGCAUGGCUUUUUUGUUUCAUCGAUCAAGUUAAACAAGAUAAAUGUCAAACUCUCAUUUUGGGAUAAACUGUCCCUUUAAGACAUAUUUAUUACAUUCCAAUGUCAACUCUCUCUCUCUUUCUCUCUCUCUAUAAAUAUAUAAAUUGUUGUUUUGUUUUAGUUUUCUUACACUAAAGCAGUUUGAGCACUUUUUUCCAGUAAAACAGAAGUAUUUGUGUUUUUGUUGCUGCACAGAACAAUCAGUUAUUUAAACUGUUGAAUCAGUGCAAAAUAAUCGAAUGUAAUCUAUUUUCUUUCAGCAGUUCACCAAAGGAGGGCAUCCAAACAUCAUUUAAAAUAAAUACUGAAAUAUAAUACAUUUCAACUUCAGAGAAUAUUGAUAAGUCAAUGAAUCAUUAAUGCUGCACUCAAUAAAAUAUAAUAUUGAUACUU